CGACCCGUUCGCCGGUACCGCCAAGAUGAAGGCCAAGUCCGCUGCAACCAAGUUUGCUGCAGCUGAGCUUGGUUGCCGACGGAUUUGCUGGCCGAUUGUUGCAAUUCCUCGGAUGCAAGUUGUUUACUACUUCGGUGCUAUCCCUCACCAGCGGCCAAUUUUCAUUUUUUAAGCUUAGCAGCAGGUUCAGCAAGUAUCAGUCACAAUGAAGCUCGUCAGAUUUUUGAUGAAACUGAACAAUGAGACGGUAUCGAUAGAGCUCAAGAAUGGAACCAUUGUGCACGGUACUAUCACAGGUGUAGAUAUCAGCAUGAAUACGCAUUUGAAGUCUGUGAAGCUCACUUUGAAGGGAAAGGUUCCUGUGGCUCUCGACCAUCUCAGUGUCCGCGGCAACAACAUUCGAUAUUAUAUCUUGCCUGACAGCUUGAAUCUUGACACGCUUCUUGUUGACGAUACACCGCGCGUGAAAGUCAAGAAACCUGUUGCAGGCAAACCCGUUGGAAGGGGAAGAGGGCGCGGUCGUGGCAGAGGGCGUGGACGUGGGCGAUAGUUUGUGGUUCAUAUCCCUCAUUAGGGUUUCCAGUGUUGCUGAGCGACCCCCUGGUAUAAGUACAGUGCUACUAAAUGCACAUGUGUAUCUUAUUGAUGUUGGCCGCGUCAAUUUAUCUCAAUUCUGAGUAUUCUUUGGCAGGAUAAGGUGCUUGCAGGUGAUGAGAAAGAGCCUCUGUGUUCGAGGGUCAAUAGUAGCGUCAAGGGUGGAUCAUGGAAGUGCUUGGUAAUGUGACUUUUUAGGAAAGAGCCACGGAUAUAUGUAUUGCCGAUGCUUCUGUCAUCCUGUAACAUCUGUGAUACACAAAGUAACUGCGAUAUCAGCUGGAAAUUGGCACUCGUGUUUUUUUUGCCCGGCCCAAUAGUUCCUCCUUAUGUUAAUAUCUGGGUGGGUCUAGUUUCGAAACAAUUUGUACUUGCGUGAAGCCGAGAAGGUUAUUGACGCUGUGAAAUACAACAGCACUCCCAGAUCUAAGCUA